UCGGAAUGUCGUGCUGAAGUGUGCGUGUGUCGUAAACUCGAGAAGUAAUUGCUGAGUGGUUUUAUGAGCAGUUUUAUGGAUUCGACUUUGAAAAUUUUUUGAAAAAGGAAUAAAUCAAAAUGGGCGAUUCGAAAGUCGCCGACUUUUAUGAGAACCAGCACGUUCUCAUAACGGGCGCCACUGGUUUUAUGGGCAAAGUUUUGGUGGAGAAGUUGCUGAGAAGUUGUCCAAAAAUUGGUACCAUCUAUUUGCUGAUUCGCAACAAAAAAGGCAAGGAGAGUGCUCAAAGGUUGAACGAGUUCCUGAACUGUCCGAUCUUCGAACAGCUCAAGAACAAUCAGAAGGAUGUUUUCAACAAAUUACAGGUUGUGCAAGGGGACGUGACCUUCAAUAACUUAAAUUUGAACAAUCAAGAUUUUACCUUACUAAAAGAUAAUGUGACCAUGAUCUUCCACAUGGCAGCCAACGUACGUUUCGACCAAGCUCUAAAGCCAGCAGUUUUAAUGAACACAGGAGGUACCAAAAACGUUUUGGAUCUGGCGUGCCACUUCAAGCAACUGCUUUCUUUCGUCCACGUGUCCACCUCUUAUUGCCACUGCGAUGAGACGGAACUAAAGGAGCAAACCUACCCCGUCGCAGACAAUCCAAUGAAAAUUCUGGACAUGGUGCAGUGGAUGCGACCUGAAGUUAUAAAAUCAAUAACCCCGCACUUGUUGAAGAACUCCCCCAACACAUACGCCUACACCAAAGCUUUAACUGAACAACUAGUGAACGAAUACAGUACGGUACUUCCCGUAGCAAUUGCCCGUCCUUCAAUAGUUACAGCAUCUGUUGAGGAGCCGUUCCCCGGCUGGGUGGACAACCUGAACGGCCCCACCGGCAUUUUCGUGGGGGCCGGCAAAGGGGUGAUCCGCACCAUGUACUGCAACCCCGAUUUAUUUGCCGAUUUGGUACCCGUCGACUGUGUGAUUAACAGUUUGAUUUUGAUCGGUUGGAAACGGGCCGUUGAACGGAAGAACGAAACGGACGUUUACCACAUCGUUGCCAAUAGAGAUAAUCAGAUUUCCUGGGGAAGGGCUCUGGAAAUUGGCAGGAGGCACUUCUUCAACAACCCUUUCAGCGUAUGCCUUUGGUAUCCCGGUGGCGGCUUUAAUUCGAAUUAUUUCUUGCAUAUGCUGACUGUUAUCUUCCUCCAUUACAUUCCCGCCUAUUUCGUCGACUUUUUGAUGAUACUCACGAGAAACAAACCUUUUUUGGUGAGGACGCAAAACAGGAUAACGAACGGUUUAUCAAUGCUCCAGUACUACACAACGAGGCCUUGGUACUUUCACGAUGAUAAACUCAGGAGUCUGUACAAAAAAUUAAAUGAAACCGACAGAAAAACAUUCUUUCCUACUUGUAUUAUGAUCGAUUACGAUCGAUAUAUUUUGAAUUACAUUUUAGGGGCGAGAAAAUAUUGUGUACGUGAAGAUCCGGAAACAAUUCCACAUGCCAAAAGAGUACUGAAAAGGCUGUACUAUUUGGAUUUGGUUAAAAACAUUCUGUUGUUUUGUUUAUUUAUGUGGAUUUUUGUAUAUAUCAGUGGAUUCUUCUUGAAUUUGGAUACUUCAAUUCACUCUGGUGUUAAACACGUUGUGGUUAAGUGAACGAAUGAAAUAGUACUUGUAGAGUAGUCAUUAGUUUUAAUUUUAAUUUAUAUAUUAUAUUUUUGUAACUACUAAUAAAAUUAUACAUUUA